CAUGCUCUGAGCAUGUUGAGGGAGGGAGUCCCUUGUGGUAAUAGACACUUUGUUAUGGUGUGAAAAGCACCACUACUACUGUUGCCACGCUUCGGGCGCAGUGGCAUGGUGAUCCCCUGGUUCCCUCAAUUCCCUGAUGUGUCAGCCAAAGUCCAUGCCAGGAGGGUGUGAGAUGGCACUUGAUGGCCUCCAAUGGAGCUGAAGACAAGUUGAAUACAAGGGCCUCCUGCUCCCGGUCAUCAACUCUCAUUAUUCGAGCCAAGUCAGCAGUGUUUCAUACUGCUGACAGUCACACUAGGCCCUUCAGCUCGCAUGAGAAGAAGACCCUUCAGUCCUGUGCCAGUGUCCCCCGGGUCAUCAGUGACUCUAUAGGUCAGCUGAAUGCGAGGGUGGAUCAGACUCAGAACAACCACCUCCAUACUGCCUCAGGGACCCCUCUACAACGUGCCUACAACCGUUCUGUGCCUGCUGCCACUUACCUAGCUAACAAGCCACAGCGUCCUGGUAGCGCAGCUGCUAAUUUAGCUAAUGGUCACUGUCAACCAACUGUUCUCUCUAAGAGUACACAGAUAUCUAGUGCUGACAUUAUCUCAUACAGACAUAACCCUGGUGUGUUAGAGCCAACCGUAAACAGCUAUCGGCCCAGCUGCAACUUGGAAUCACUAAAUUUAAGAUCACGGAUCCUGGCCCGCAAAAGAGCAUUGUCGCCCCAGCCUGCCCCCUAUCCAACGUGCCCCUGUCCACCAAAGGCAGAACGUGUCCCAGACUUGCAGAACAACGCUGCUUCACAGCCUGCUGAAAGCACCACCACCACCACCAGCAUGCCCACCAACCAGUCAGUCCCCUGGACCAGUGGCAAGCUGAGAGACAAUAGCAAAGGGUUUAUGAGGCCCACUAUGGGUAAAGUGCCUUCCUGUCCCAGACAGGAGACUACCCAGACAAGAGACUCAGCAAAACCUUUGUCUCCCCAGACCAAAUCGGCCUCCUAUUGCCGUAGCGGGGACAAUGGGGAUGGCAAAACCCAGACUAAGUUCACACAUCACCCCCCCAACACUGUGCCUUUGCAGGAUAGGUCAUCCCACCACCAGGAUGUGUCACUGGAUCAGACAUGGAGGCUCCAGGACCCACAUCAGUUUGAGAGCCUGAUGGCAGCAGACAUGGAGGGUCACUCCCAGAGGCUGGGCUUUUGUGCUGCUGUCCAUGGGGCUCCUGGAGCUCCUCAUAACACAUCAACAGAGAGGAUCAGGAAGGUCAACUCUGAGGUGGAGUUUACUGAGGCUGUGAGGAAGCUGACCCAGUCACGGAACGCGCUCACCCCUCAUCCCAGGAACGGGACUGUUAAUAGUUUUACUACUGGAAAACCAGGGUCCAACGUGGAUCCAGUCCAGAUUGGCAAAGCAAUGACUAAUAGCCCUGUCAUCUCUGACAGCCCUGCUCCAGCCAAACCCUCUGUACCACUCUGCCUUACUAUGAGAGACCAGCCUGUGUCCAUAGAGACCUCCAGUGCCUCUGGCCUCGACAGUAACACCACAACAGCCUCCGUGGCACCUCUACCCCAUGCAGGGAUAACUCCAACACAGUCUUCUACCCAGGCCAGUGCCACCGCUAGUUCUACUACAGGGAUAACUCCGACCCAGCCCUAUACCCAGGCCACUGCCACAGCUAGUUCUGGUGCAGGGAUAACUCCAACCCAGUCCUAUACCCAGGACAGUGCCACAGCUAGUUCUAUCCCAGAGAACACUGAGAUGGGUUCUGAGUCCGCCUCAGGUACUUCUCAGAGUCAGAGGCCUUCUGUCACCUCGGUGACCACCCAGAUAUCAGCCAUACACCUGACCAAGGAGAGGAGCGUCCUGUCUCUACAGGGGGGCUACAGCUCCUCCCGGUCCCCUCCUGGCCUGGGGGAGGAACAACAGGCUGAGUCACCUCAGCUCACCAGUCCACAGAGUGUUGCCAUGCAGGAGGAUGGAGACAGAGGGGAAGAGGACUAUCCUGAUGAUGAGCUGGAGAAUGACUGCAGUGGUGAUGAUGAUGAUGAAGGGUCUGACUGCUCCUCUAUGAAUGAUGCCUCGUCCACAGCCUCCAUACCCGUCCUGCCAAAUAUAACGGAUGAGGAGCUGAUGAGCCCUGAAUUAGAGGAUGAGGGGGAGCUGAAGCCAGCUCUGGUCCCCAGCAUGUUCCCCCUCAUUCCCCCUACACUGUAUUUCAGCACUGCCAACCAGAGAGUGGAGCCCCUGCCACCAGAACAGAGGAAGCUGCUCAAAUGGAAGAUGAGCACUGUGACUCCCAACAUCGUCAAACACACCAUCGCCAGGUCACACUUUAAAGUCACCAAGAAAAGUCAUGAUUGGCUUGGCUGCUGGGGUCACCAUAUGAAGUCUCCUGGGUUCAAGGCCAUCAGGGAAUACCAGAAGUUAAACCACUUCCCCGGCUCGUUCCAGAUCGGUCGUAAGGACCGUCUGUGGAGGAACCUGUCUAAGAUGCAGGCUCAGUUUGGUAAGAGGGAAUUCAGCUUCUUCCCUCGCUCCUUCGUUCUUCCUCAGGACAUCAAGCUACUGAGGAAAGCCUGGGAGGACAGUGGUAGCAGGCAGAAAUGGAUCAUCAAGCCGCCUGCGUCUGCUCGGGGUAUUGGAAUCCAGGUCAUUCACAAGUGGAGUCAGAUGCCAUGCAAGAGACCACUCCUGGUUCAGAAGUAUCUGCACAAGCCUUACCUCAUCAGUGGGAAUAAGUUUGACCUGCGUAUCUAUGUGUAUGUGACGUGUUACGACCCACUUCGCGUUUACAUCUUCCAGGACGGACUUGUCCGCUUCGCCAGCUGCAAGUACUCGUCGUCUAUGAAAAGCCUUGGCAACAAGUUCAUGCACCUGACCAACUACAGCGUGAACAAGAGGAACUCAGACUAUCAGAGCAAUGACAGUGAACAGGCCUGCCAGGGACACAAGUGGGCUCUGAAGGCGCUGUGGCACUACCUGGGUUGUAAGGGAGUCAACACCACGCUGAUCUGGGAGAAGAUCAAGGACAUCGUCAUGAAAACCAUCAUUGCCCCACAGUCCCCACAGCCCCAGUCCCCCAGCCCGAGUCCCCAGCCAGGGUCCCCCAGCCCAGAGGUCCCCCAGCCCGGGAGUCCACAGCCCCAGUCCCAGCCCAGAGUCCCCCAGCCACAGUCCCAGCCGUCCCCCAGCCCACAGUCCCCCAGCCCAGAGUCCCCCAGCCCAGAGUCCCCCAGCCCACAGUCCCCCAGCCCACAGUCCCCCAGCCCAGAGUCCCCCAGCCCAGAGUCCCCAGCCCCACAGUCCCCCAGCCCACAGUCCCCCAGCCCAGAGUCCCCAGCCCACAGUCCCCCAGCUCCAGAGAGUCCCCCAGCCCACAGUCCCCCAGCCCACAGUCCCCCAGCCCAGAGUCCCCCAGUCCAGAGUCCCCCCAGCCCAGAGUCCCCCAGUCCAGAGUCCCCCCAGCCCAGAGUCCCCCAGUCCAGAGUCCCCAGCCCAGAGUCCCCCAGCCCACAGUCCCCAGCCCACAGUCCCACAGCACCACAGCCCAGAGUCCCACAGCACCACAGCCCAGAGUCCCACAGUCCCAAAUCCCACAGUCCUACUGCACUACAGUCAAACAUAGCCCAGAGUCUCACAGCCCACAGCCCAGAGUCCCACAGCCCACAGUCCACAGCACUACAGUCCCCCAGCCCAGAGUCCCCCAGCCCAGAGUCCCCCCAGCCCACAGCCCACAGCACCACAGCACCGAGUCCCACAGCCCCACAGCACCACAGUCCCACAGCCCAGAGUCCCACAGCCCCUAGUCCCACAGUCCCACAGCCCCUAGUCCCACAGCCCACAGUCCACAGCACUACAGUCCCACAGCCCAGAGUCACACAGCACCACAGCCCAGAGAGUCACACAGCACCACAGCCCAGAGUCACACAGCACCAUACAGCCCCGAGUCACAGCACCACAGCCCAGAGUCAAGAACAGCACCACAGCCCCCGAGUCACACAGCACCACAGCCCAGAGUCACACAGCACCACAGCCCACAGUCCCACAGCCCCGAGUCCCACAGCCCCGAGUCCCACAGCCCAGAGUCCCACAGCCCAGAGUCCCACAGCACCACAGUCCCAGAGUCCCACAGCCCACACACCACAGUCCCACAGCACCACAGUCCCACAGCACCACAGUCCCACAGCCCUACAGUCCCAGCACCACAGUCCAGAGUCCCACAGCCCACAGUCCCACAGCACCACAGUCCAGAGUCCCACAGCCCAUAGCACCACAGUCAGACAGCACAACAGUCCCACAGUCCACAGUCCCACAGCACCACAGUCCCACAGCCCAGUCCCACAGCCCCCGUCCAACAGCCCACAGUCCCACAGCACAACAGUCCCACAGCACCACAGUCCCACAGCACCACAGUCCCACAGCACCACAGUCCACAGCACCACAGAACCACAGCCCCACAGCCCACAGUCUCACAGCACCACAGUCCCACAGUCCACAGCACCACAGCCCAGAGUCCCACAGCCCAGAGUCCCACAGCCCCUAGUCCCACAGUCCCACAGCCCAGAGUCCCACAGCCCCGAGUCACACAGCACCCACAGCCCAGAGUCCCACAGCCCCACAGCCCAGAGUCCCACAGCCCAGAAGUCCCCCAGUCCAGAGUCCCCCAGCCCAGAGUCCCCCAGUCCAGAGUCCCCCAGUCCAGAGUCCCCAGUCCAGAGUCCCCCAGCCCAGAGUCCCCCAGCCCACAGUCCCCCAGCCCACAGUCCCACAGCACCACAGCCCAGAGUCCCACAGCACCACAGCCCAGAGUCCCACAGUCCCAAAUCCCACAGUCCUACUGCACUACAGUCAAACAUAGCCCAGAGUCUCACAGCCCACAGCCCAGAGUCCCCAGCCCACAGUCCACAGCACUACAGUCCCCCAGCCCAGAGUCCCCCAGCCCAGAGUCCCCCAGCCCACAGCCCACAGCACCACAGCACCGAGUCCCACAGCCCCACAGCACCAGUCCCACAGCCCAGAGUCCCACAGCCCCAGUCCCACAGUCCCACAGCCCUAGUCCCACAGCCCACAGUCCACAGCACUACAGUCCCACAGCCCAGAGUCACACAGCACCACAGCCCAGAGUCACACAGCACCACAGCCUAG